AAGGAUUCAAUUACUUUGUUAAGUCCCAGUGACUUGGAGGCACUAGGGGUGUAUGGCCUAGGUCGUCAGGCUCUACUCAGAAGCCGUUGCAGGCAGGCGGCGACAGCUAUUUCAGGUCAAAGAAGAACGCAGGUUUUUUCUAGGCCUGACGAGUCAAGUAAAAAGAAAUCAAAACAUAUACUAUUAACAUUCGUUUGCCUGGACUCCACGUCAGCGACUCGAACACUAACAACAGAUGGUUUGGCAUGCCUCACGUCAAAUGGAUUGGGGUUGAAAACAGUGAAUAUGCCAUUAAACUCAACACCAAAAGAACUCAAGACAAUAAUACUUCAAUUAUUCCCCAAACUUGUGGCUGGAGGUGGAUUUGAAUACCUGAAAUCUUCGAACUCAAGAAAACGUAUCGUCAUUCCUCUCCCACAAGGCAGAUAUUGUGCUCGUGAGAUUAAAGCAUACAAUCGUCACGGGAGAGUUUACUUAAGACCAAUUCAAAAAGACCUUGAUUUAUCUCUAAUUGAUGACACGUCUUCUAGAGUUGACGAGCUUCUGCAGAAAUGCAACCAGUGUCUCAAAUUUAUUGAACAGAGUAAACUUCGAAAUCAUAUUGAAAUAUGCUCAGCCAACUCUGCACCAGCAAAUGAGAGUUCAAUCCCGGAGUCCAUAACAUCAGAGAAUUAUGUGUUAUAUGAUCCAUAACUGGAUAGUACUUUCUCUACCACUUCAG